AUGGCCACGUCCGCGACGACGUUCGGCGCUCACGCGCGAUGCGCGUCGUCGCGACCGCGCGCGCGCGACCGAGCGCGCGUCCUCCGCGUCCGCGCUUUCGAAUCGUCGUCGUCGUCCAGAUCUGAUGGCGCGAAAAACGAUGGAGAACGGGCGGAUCGUUCCAACAACGCGGUCGCGCGAUACAAGCGCCGCGUCCCGUUCGUGGACUACUACGAAGUCCUCGCCGUGGACCCGAAGGCGAACGCGGACGAAGUGAAAGCCGCGUAUCGCGCGCUCCAAAAGGCCGUGCACCCCGACCUCGCCGGCGAGUACGCGUCGAUCGCCGCCGCGCUCGUGAACGAGGCGAACGUCGUGCUGCGAUCCCCGCGCGAUCGCGCGUCGUUCGACCGCGACCGCUCGGAGUGGCGCGCGCGCGGCGACGUCGCCGCGGAGGACGCGUCUCUGAUGAACCCCGCGCCGCUGUCGCGCUGGAGCGGCCCGGCGCGCGACGAACCGGAGAGCGCGAAGGGGCGGCACGACGCGGUGUUCGUGGACGAGUCGCAGUGCGUCGGAUGUCUGCAGUGCGCGCUGCUCGCGCCCAAGACGUUUUUCAUCGAGACCCGGCACGGCUGCGCGCGCGCGGUGGACCAGUGGGCGGACGGCAGGGACGCCGUGGAGGACGCCGCGGCGGCGUGCCCCGUGCGAUGCAUUCACUUCGUGGACCGCGCGACGGAGCUGCCACUGCUGGAACGCGUCGCCGCGCGGCUGUGGACCGAGGGCGGCGGGAAGAUUCAGGCGGGGGGCGUCGGACGCGUCUACGGGAAGAGCUCGCCGUUCGACGUCGCCGCGGCGUUGAAGCGAAGAGGGGUCGUGAGGUGGCCGUCUAGGAGCGGCGGAGGGACGAAGACGGACACGAGCAAGGCGGGCGCGGCGAUCGACGCGGCGGUGAAAGCCGCGGCGGCGGCGGCGGCGGCGCGCGCGGAGCGAGACGCGUGGAGAGGGGCGAAGGAGGAGGGCGAAGCUCUCGUCGACGAGAACGAUGACGAUGACGACGACGCCACCACCGCGAUCGAGAUCGCCGUGCCCGUGAGCGCGUACAUCGCGGACGACGUCGGCGUCGCGGGCGCGGGGUGCGAGCGCGGAGGAAACGGAGGAAAGGGCGCGUCCGCGGCUGAGGUCGCGAGGGUGACGUCGCUUUUGCGCUCCGGGUCGGGGUCGGGGUCCAGGUCCGGGUCGAGCGACGACGGCGACGACGCGCUUCUCUCCGGGAGCUCCGCCGCGGCGACGGAGUUUUGGGAGCCGCUGCCGGUGAGCGAGCGCGCCGCGAGCGCGAGCUUCGAGGAGGAGACGGACGACGGCUUCGCCCCGAGCGAGUGGCUCGCGAAGGUGCGGUCGAACGUCGUCGCGAGUCGUCGAAGCUCGGGGGACGUCGCGGCGGCGGACGCGAACGUCGACCAACCUCCGGCUGCUCCGGCGGCGGCGCCCGCGCCGCGGAAGGUGAUCAAAGCGCGCAGCGUCGCGGCGUCGCUGCCGCCGUUCUCGACCGUCGCGGCGGCGUUGCUCAUCGCGGCGGCGACGACGAACGGCGCGGGGGACGCGGGGGGGGCCGCGGCGGCGGAGCAAAUCAUCUCCGUCAACGGCGCGCUGUGGACGCCCGGGCCGUUCGCGCAGUUCGCGUGCUGCGCGGUGUCGUGGAUCGUGCUUCUUCAGGCGACCGUGCAGGUCGUGGACGCGGUCGUGUUCGUCACGACGCAGGAGAUUCACGACGGGAAGUGAUGUCAUCUAAGUCUAAAAGUUUUUUUAGUCUAUUUAAAAUCUUCGUGU